ACUACGUCAGUCAAAAACCCAGAACGUCACGAAGUCAGACAGUCGGACUACGAACAGGUUGAAAAGCCCCGGAGGCUCGAAGCUAUAUUCAAAUACGGCUGGUUGCAGGUUGUGACCGGAUCUGAUACACAAGCUGGAAGGUCUCAGCGCAGCGUGGGUGCCCAGGGAUCCACUGCCUGAGUGCGGCGAGAGCGGCGGCCGAGACCCCAGAGACAUGAACCACACCAAGGGCGGCUUGGUGAUCUUCACCGCCAACUCGCACCCGUCGAGUCGCGAGCUGGGCAAGAGGAUCGCCGAGCGGUUAGGGGUGGAGCUGGGAAAGGUUCAGGUGUACCAGGAAGCAAACAGAGAAACACGGGUACAAAUUCAGGAAUCGGUGCGAGGGAAAGAUGUCUUCAUCAUCCAGACUGUAUCAAAGGACGUCAACACCACCAUCAUGGAGAUGCUGAUCAUGGUGUACGCCUGCAGGACGUCUUGCGCGCGCAGCAUCACCGGCGUCCUGCCCUACUUCCCCUACAGCAAGCAGUGCAAGAUGAGGAAGAGGGGCUCCAUCGUCUCCAAGCUUAUCGCCUCCAUGGUGUGUAAAGCCGGCCUCACCCACCUGAUCACUAUGGACCUCCAUCAGAAGGAGAUUCAGGGCUUCUUCAACAUUCCAGUGGACAAUCUGAGAGCGUCUCCGUUUCUGCUCCAGUACAUCCAAGAGGAGAUCCCCGACUACAGAAAUGCUGUAAUUGUUGCGAAAUCUCCGGCUUCUGCUAAAAGGGCGCAGUCGUUCGCCGAGCGGCUGCGUCUCGGCAUCGCGGUGAUUCACGGAGAAGCUCAGGACGCUGAGUCGGACCAGGUAGAUGGACGCCACUCCCCCCCCACGGUCAAGACCACCGGAGCCAUUCACCCGAGCAUGGAGAUACCAUUGCUGAUCCCUAAAGAAAAGCCUCCAAUCACGGUGGUGGGAGACGUAGGGGGACGCAUCGCCAUCAUAGUGGAUGACAUCAUCGAUAACGUCGAUAGCUUCGUGGCGGCGGCAGAGACGCUGAAGGAGAGAGGAGCCUACAAGAUCUUUGUCAUGGCAACGCACGGGCUCCUCUCCUCGGACGCCCCGAGGUUCAUAGAAGAGUCCGCCAUUGACGAGGUGGUGGUGACCAACACGAUCCCCCACGAGCUCCAGAAGCUCCAGUGCCCGAAGAUCAAAACGGUAGACAUCAGCAUGAUCCUGUCGGAGGCCAUCCGCCGCAUCCACAACGGAGAGUCCAUGUCCUAUUUGUUCCGCAACAUCGGUGUGGACGACUGAGUCGCGCGUCCCACUUUUUAUGUGACUUUCUAUCCCUGUGGGAACAGUCCUUUAAUAUGUUGCACCUCCUUUCCCUCUCACACUAACACAGCUUCAGAGCCAGAGGUUAAUCUAUUGGUUGGUUUGAGGUCAGGUUAGUGUUUAUGCUGGAAUACAAAACGAAAUCCACUCUUGUUAUGCUAUAUUUAUGUUUUUUCGUAGCUCGUAAUCCUGCACAGCCUAAUUCUAACAGCUACCUUCAAGGUCUUUCACUGACAACACGAUGACAAACCCAGUUUACAAACUUCCCCAACUGACACACAUCUGCUCUUCCUUAAACUAUUCACACCCCUUGAGUUUUUCACAUUCUGUCUUGUUACAAUCACAAACAUCAGUGCGUUUUAUUGGGGUUUUGAUUGACAGACCUGCUAAGUAAAGGAAAAUUCUAUACAUUUUGAUACUUUCUAUCCCCACCACAUGAUGCUGCUGCUACAUUUCACUGUGUGGAUGAUGUGUUCAGGGUAAUGUGGCUGGUUUGUGCUCUGCCUGGCGUUCAGGGCGCAGCCGCUCGGCGAACGACUGUUGCUUUUGGCCGGCCUUCAGUGGUGGCUUUCUUUUUGACUUUCAAAGGUUACAACUCUGUUGCCCUUUUUCACUUUAAAGUUUGCGUUCUACACGUUUUUUUCCCCUCCCCUUAUGGGAAUGACCUGGAGUUGGAGUGAAAGAUUGAAGUGUACCUACAAAUAUUUAAUAGAGUGGAACAGAUAAAUCAGCCCCAGUUUCUUUAAUUCUUUAAUUUAGGUGAUAUCUACCUCCGCAAAGAUCUGAAAACCAGCCACUGUCCCCUUAACAAUAGUCACCCCACCUUUGCCAACUUAGCAACUUUGUUGCUAUAUUUAGCAACUCUUCAAAAUCGUUAUCAAAUCCUUCAGAAAUUUUAGUCAGUGCACCCCUAAAUGUUAGACCUCCCAUCUACAUGAAAUCAUCAAAGAUGCAUACCAGCGGUUUGUUGCAUCUCCAGGAUUGUGAGACGAGUGCAACCUGAUGAUGUUGGGCAAAUCAAAGAUGGCGUCCACGCAGACCAGACACAAGCCGCUUUUUGUGGGCCUGCUAUUAAAGCUGCAAGCUCUCAAAGUGCACAGGCGGAAUACAAAUGGGAAAAAAAUACUUUUCUGUUGAAGUUCGCAAACAUUGAUGUUUGAGGUUAUAAUUUGACAGAAUGUGGAAGAACCUCAUUGAUCAGUCUUUAAUGGAUAUGGACUACUGCCUAGCCCUCCACUGUCUAAACACUUCAUUAUCUUCCUUAUUUGCCUUCUCUAUUUUUUCACUUUAAAAACUAAUUUGUAUUGUCAAUUAUUUUGCAAUGAAUGUCUCCUGAUUUGAUCUGUUAGAGGUUGUACUGAGUCGGUGCCUUCUGCAGGGGUUUGAACACAAGCCUUCACGGCUUCGCUGCAUAUCUGUUAAUGUCACUGAUUGCUUAUUGAAACGGCUGGAUUAUGCAGGUUGAAGCUAAUUAUCCUAUGCUGUGUAUCUUUCAAUAGAGAUGUCUUUUUUUUUUUAUACUUUUUUUUCAGGUUGAUUGAUAGUUUAGCUACCAGCUAGCCAUAUAUCUGUAGUUGCCAUAGAGUUAGAUUAUGAUGUGUCAAAUGUUUGUAUUUUAUUUUUUAAAAUUUAACUGGAAUUAACAGAAACAUUUUCAAAAUUCUAACUGGAAAUCAGAUUUAAUACCCAAUCACCUGUGUAACGUUUUUUCAUUAAUAAUCCAUAUGAAUCAUUGUGCCAUCUUUACAGUGCUUCCAUUUAAUGUUUGGUUCUGCCAUAAAUGAGCAACAUUUGUUGGUAAAUCUGAGAAACUUAAUUGUCUUUUACAUUUUUUUUAUUAUUAUUUUUAGAUUUGAAGGUGGGAAUAAAAUAAUGUUACAUGGUCAGAAGGUUUGUAAUGAUGAUUAAAUGGGUAAAUAUUUGAUCCCUGGAUCUGUGUGGAGGAGAUGAGUUUAGUUUGUUUUAAUAGGAAUUGUUCCAAACUGGAGCUGGAACUGAUAAACGGGCUUUUUUUCCUGACACACAAAGCUUGACUGAAGCAGGUCUUUGUUACCUUGCCUGAUAUUACAAAAUAAAAAAUUGUUUUUAUAUUUAUUUUCUGCACCAAAAAAGGAAUAAACAUGUUCUAAAAAGAAA